AUGUCUCAGAACCACCUCCUUCGCCAGAUUCUCUUUUCCCAGCUCUCCGUUGGCCAACACUCAAAGGGCGGCCAAAGGAAAUGGUACAAAGACACACUCAAGGUCACCCUCAAGCACGGAGGCAUCGACACCAAUGGCUGGGAGCCAUUUGCUGAGGAGCAAGUUGCUGACCAUUCAGUGUGGUGUCACCUGGUCCACCAAGGUGCACACCACUUCGAGGCCCGACAACUUGAUAAUGAGGUGGAAUGGCAGCAAGGCGGGCGCGGCUCGGGGUCUUCCCCUGGCCGCUGCCGCCGGCCGCGCGUGCUGGGCGGCGCCGUCGGGGCAGGGCCAGCUCCGCCCCGGCAGGAGGAGAAGAAGGAGAAGGAGAAGGAGGCGGCGGCGCUGCUGCCCGCCCCGACGGCUCCACCCCGGCCCGGCCCGGCGCUGCAGGCGCCCAUAAAGGCGUCGGGGGGGCGGCGGUGCGGAGCGCGGUGCCCGCUCGCUGCCGCCUCCUGCACGGCAGCCGGGGCCGCGGGCAGCGCAGCGCAGCGCGGCGCGCUGGGGGGGGCGGGCGCCCCGGCACAGCCGCCCCGGCCCGGCCCCGAGGGGGCAGCGGGGGGCCGGGGGGCCGCGGGCUCGGCGGCAGCCGUCCAGCCGGGGCCGGGGCCGGCCAAGAGGAAGCAGCGGCGCUACCGCACCACGUUCAGCAGCCGGCAGCUGGAGGAGCUGGAGCGCGCCUUCCGCGCCUCGCACUACCCCGACGUCUUCGCCAGAGAGGAGCUUGCCAUGCGUCUGGAUUUAACAGAAGCAAGAGUUCAGGUCUGGUUUCAGAACAGAAGGGCAAAAUGGAGGAAACAUGAAAAAACAGAAAUUUUAGGGAAUGUUCCCAGUGUCUCCUUGGCACAUCCCUUGGGUCUCUUCUUGGAUGUUCCUUUAAGCCAGUCUCCUCUUCUGGACCACACAUGGAGAUCACUCCCGCUGUCCACUCUAGCUGUACCCUCUGUAUCACCAGCUUUCAGCCCGGCAUCCUUAGGGCCUUUUGGACUCAGCAGUCUCACCUGGACCUCUCUCUUCAGGAAUCCGAUUUUAAAUCCACAUUUUGGAAGGUUCCUCAAUGCUCUAAAUCCUCUCAUGACAACAGCGUCAGUAGUAAUGAAAGCUCCCGGACCCCCAUCAGACCCUGCUCUCACUGCCUUCACUGAUCCGGCAGCAAUUGAAAGGAAAACGUCCAGCAUUGCAGCACUAAGACUCAAAGCGAAAGAACAUUCAGCACAAAUCCCUCAAUUAAACCUUAUAUCCAGUCUUACAAACACUAACAAAGAACUUUGUUAGAAACUUUCCCCGCGGACUGCAGGCGCGCAGGAGAAAGCAAAUGCCUUCUCCCAUAAGUCCAUGCAGCGGUAUAGGAACACAUUAAAAACCCCACUCAUCCGUAGUUCCUCCGUCUUCAAAACGGACCCAUGGAAAUUAACCCUGCCAAAAGAAAACGGGCUCUGUUUUUAUAUGCUAAAGUCACACGAUGUCAUGGCAAACAGGCCACGGACAUCGCGUCUAUUCGGUGAAUUUCUGAUAUGACAAAAAGGUAUCAAUCUGGAAUCGACUCUUUUACAUAAGCAAGUAUAAUAUAAAGGAGUUUGCAGCGAAAGCUCAUGGGACACCAGGCAUAAGUAACAAAGGUUCAAACCGUUGUAGUAAGAACGUUAGUAGCUUUCAAAGCAUUGUGAGCAAUGAUGUCUGGGGAGGAACUCGGCUGCAGAAACUUAGCCCUGAGAUCAGUACAUGGUAUGUCCUUAACUUGAAGAUCACGCUUCAUGUUGAAGUACAAAUGCCAGUGAAAUUUCACAAAGCUGACAGACUAAGCAGGAAUGAGGGAUGGACUAUUUUGAAUAUCGGUUUUUGAUUCUGAUCUAGGUUUGUACAAAAUGUAUCUCAUUUCAAACUAAAAUAAACGGAUGUUUGCUCAUGUUCAA